AUGGCACCGAAGAUCGAGUACUACUGCCCAUGCAUGGCCGAGUCGCCGCACCCACCCCCACCCCACCUAGCGUCGUCGGCAUACAGCUUCCACCCACUGCACAAUCUCUUUUUCUGCGAGGAGUGCGACGCGGUGCGGUGCAACCGCUGCGUGCUACUCGAGGUGAGCGGGUACUACUGCCCGAACUGUUUGUUCGAAGUCCCCAGCGCGAGCGUGCGUGCGGAGAAGAAUCGAUGCGCACGGAAUUGCUUCCUGUGCCCGAACUGCCGCAAUACGCUCACCGUGGUUCCCUCGGACCCGCCGGAGGACGUGGAUAGCAGGCAAUCACCUAUCGUCUCAACAUCUCUCGGCGAACCGCCAUUCUUCCUCUACUGCAAUCACUGCCGGUGGGACUCGGCCGAGGUUGGGAUUACGUUUGAGAAGCCGACCGGGCUUGCAGCCCAGCUGCAGAGGUUCGAAGAUUCGGCGCCGGAAUCGCUCGAGUUCGAGCGCCUGAAGGAACACUUCGAGCCCUUCCUACGUGCAUCAUCCUCUUCCUCCGCCCUGCCAUCCUCCGCCGCACACUCACACCACGCGCACGCGAACCCCAUCACAGCCGCUGCGUCGUCCGCGCUCGCGCGCGACAUCCCCGGGGUGGGGAAGUACAAUCCUCUCGCGCAUUCACGUGCGGGACGGCAAAGUGCGAAGGACAAGGCCGCCGCACGCCAGGAGUACCCAGACUACAAGGCCCGGGUCGAGGUCGGCGCGGCUGCGGCGCUCAGUGGCGAGAUCGACGUUGAAUUCCUCCGGCACCUCGAAAGCGCUAGCGAGGUCGCGGCGCUGGACCAGCGAUGGACCAACAGCUGGGUGUCGUCAUUGCGGGAGAGCGACCUAAAGCCGCUCCGGAUCCCUCUACAGUCCAAGAAGUCGAAGCGCUGCCCGAGCUGUCGACACAUCUUGAUCAAGCCCGAGCAGAAGGCGCAAUCCGUCCGUUUCAAGAUCAAGCUCGUCGCCGCCAACUACCUCCCUGCGAUCGCCGUCACGCUCCCGCACGCGCAGGCGGCACUCGAGAUGCUCAAACGCUCCGCCAAGGCCGCCGCCGCCCAGGCGGGCGCAGACGAGCAGAACGCCGCCGGCGCGCUCAUCGCCGGGCACUCGUACUCCUUCCACCUUGCGUUCACCAACCCGCUCUACGACCCGAUUCAGAUCCGGCUCGCGAAGGCGGUCGCACCGGCCGGCGCCAGCCAGGAUGCGGGGGGAAAGGAGGACGAGGCGGCGGAACGGGGGCGGCGGAGCACGUUCCAGAUCCAGCUCCCAAGCGCAGCGUUCCCGGUGGGGGCGUACGCGGAAGCGUGGGAGUACGAGGACGAGGACGAGGAGAUGUUCCUCGACGAAGACGGGCUCGAGGACGCGCGGGGCGGCGGGCGACGGGGCAAGGACGGUCGUGGGGGCAAGGCGCGUUCGGUGGGGGUCGUCGAGAAGCGUGCGAACGUGACGAUUGUGAGCGGGGAGGUGCUCAUCCCCAAGGAGGCGCGCGGGGAAGUCAAGUUCAACAUGCUCGUGUCGUACACGUACCGGUCAGACGACCCGGAACCCGGCGACGAGGAAGUCACGGCGACGCCCUCACGGUCGCACGGGCGAGCAAGGGCCCCGAGAUGA